AUUGUUGAUUCUAAUACACUCAUGAGUCAUGCUUAUAUAUUUGACUAGAGCUUCACAACGAACUAGACAACCAUCCGUAUCUCCUGAACGAACAGAUCACAACAAGGUAUUCUUAUUCCUAAUCUAUUCUCAAUCUAUUCCUGAGCAUUUGUCAGUUUCUGAUAGUGAACUUCCUGAAAUGGCCGAUCGAAAAACGACAGGUGAACAGGUUCCGAAAGUUGUUCCUACGACACAAAUGGAUCCAGCAAUGGUAACUGGAAUUGCUGGGCCAAGUGGCUUCAAACGUCCAUCAAUUGAUAACAUUCAAGCGUCCAAUAAUUCUGCGAGUCACUCUGUGGAUACACUAUUACCGGCUGGUAAAACAUUCUCAAAGAAAAAAAUUGAGAAUUAUGAUUGUGAUUUAAAAAUAUCAUCAGCAUUCCCUGCUUUUCCUGUUGAUUGGCAAAUGAAAAACCAAACUACUCAUGACCACUUUAUUUGGUUCUGUUCUGCAGCUGGUGCCGGGUAUAUAAUUGAUAAACAAACACUGAGCCCAGAAAAAGCAACAUCUGACAACGCCAUGAGAUACGGCAUAGCAACUAUCGUUUCGUAUGAUAUGCAAAAUGUCACUAAGUAUCCAAUUAAAAUUGUGAUGAAAAUGACUCUAGAAAUUGUCAAAACUGCUUUUCCAUCAACCAUUAUGACAGAAGAUGUAUGGAAUGCUUAUAAUUACAAUCAGCGUUUUUCGUAUCUUGGAACUUUAUUCUUUGUUACAUUUAUGACAAGAACAGACAUUUUGGUUAAUCAAUUGAUGGCUUAUGCAUAUAUCAAAUUUUGCUUUGCUUUGAUGGGUAAAGAACCGUCAGCGAAUGUUUGCAACUUAAUUCGUAACAUGACCGGUACUAAUGUGGAAUUCUGCUUUUCCCCGAUUGAAAUGAGUGUGUGGAACGAUCUCAAUUGUGUAACUGAUCUUAAAAAACAAGAAAUGAUGGCAACGUUAUUUUCUAAGACUGACGAUCUUAGUGACUUGUUCAAGGUUCUUUAUAACCGCUUUAAAUCAUUCGGCUUAACAUAUAUGUUAGCCAUUAGAGAAGCAUUGGAACGUUUUCCAUCCUUUCCGUGGGAUACUAUAUGCAAUGAUUGGUAUCGAGGAGAAAUGGAAGCUUUCAUCUUAGCUGAACAAGCUGUAAAAGACUUGAAAUUUCCUGCUCUGCAUAAGGAGGUCAUGACGGCACACUCAAAUAAAAAUUAUCGUCGUUUGGCAGGAUUUUGUGCAAAAAGUCUAGAAUUGGGAGGUUAUUCAAGCACACUUACAAACCACGAAGGUUUAAAACGUGUUCGUUUGUCCGAAGAUAAAGUGCAAUUUAUCAAAAGUUUAUUGAUAUCCCCGUUAUCUUCAAAAUGGGAAGGUUUAUCACAAGAAAUAUACGAUAAGAUUAAUAGUUCCAAAAUAUGCAAAUUCAAAUUCGCUAGCGAUGAAGCAGCCAAAAGAAAGGUGUUGAUAGAGGAAGCAGAAAUUAAGUACCGUCAAAUGGAGCAAACCAGAAUGACAGAGAUGUUAAAACGAAUGGAACAAACAGGGCAACCACGCUCUGAUACAAAUAUGUCGUAAUACAAAAAUACUCAUACAACUUUAAUAAUAAUUAAAAAUUGUAAAUGAAUCGGUAUUUAUACAAACUUCAAACAAUAAUUAAAUAACAGAAUUGUUUGUUUCCUUUUGAGCAACUACAACAUGGCUGAAUAAAAAUAUUGAAAAAAAAACAAA